GACCAAUUGGCACUUUCAAGGCGUGACCAAUGAUGCAUCGCUACCAUCCAGCCAUCAUGCUAGCUGAAGAAGUCCUUUGCAUCAAGCUUGGCUAACUCAUGAAAUGGUAUACUGGGUUACUUUCUCUGUGUGUUGUUUGCGUUUUUCAUGGACACUAUGAUUUAAGAUGGAAACAACAACUGGUGUGUGAAGGUCGUUGUUUUCUUUGCCGAGAGGAUCCGUUUUGGAGAGCUGUCUCGGAUAACUAGCCUGUAAGCUAGCGCGGCUAAUCGUAACACAUUCACACUGCCUGCCAUCAGACAGCCAGCCAAGACCAAAAGUCGGCGUUUCGACGUUGGGGAUUUCUACCAUCAUCAUGGAGAAGGCUGAUUUCUUGAAAGGACUUCCUGUCUACAAUAAGAGCAACUUCAGCAGGUUUCAUGCAGACUCCGUUUGUAAAGCAUCUAAUCGAAGGCCCUCUGUGUACCUCCCAACACGAGAAUACCCUUCUGAACAGAUUAUUGUAACAGAGAAAACCAACAUUCUCUUGCGUUACCUCCAUCAGCAGUGGGACAAAAAGAAUGCAGCAAAGAAACGGGAACAGGAACAAGGUGAGGGUGACAGUCCGGCACCCCCAAGAAAAAUCGCCAGGACAGAUAGUCAAGAGAUGAACGAAGACUCAUAAGACUGUGUGUGUGCGAGUGUGUGUUUGUAUACACAGAGUAUAGCCAGUAUAAACCCACCAAGACAAGGAGUGUUCCCAGUGAAAUUAAUUCUUCUGGUCGUUCUGUGUUAGGGACAGGAUUUCUUUCCUUGCCUGAAUUCAAAUCUCCCAUCUCUCAACACAACAAAGGAGCCGUUUAUGGUGUAAAGAUUGCAUGUGUGAAAAUGAAUUAACCAGAGAAGAUCAGAAGGCGCCUGUCAGUUGUAAACUUUAUACUGGCAUUUCUUUUAUUUAUGUUGGCUAUUCUCUGUGUAGGUUAUUAAAUGUGUAAAUGUUUGUAUGCAUGCUGAGCUGUGAGUGUGUACAGUAUGUGUGAAGUGAAUGAAAAGCAUCUGAGUAGAUUUAAGAUCAGAGAGGGACUGGACAGAUCAAGUCAGACACUACCCUUAACAGUCUCAAAACUGGUACAUGACUUGUGUAGCCUUCUGUCACCUGAAGAGUCCUGAUUUGUGCAAAGAAAACUUUUUGUUACCAUUUUAAUUUUGUUAUACAUAUAUUUGUUUAUGUAUGGCAAUGAGCUUCCUGCCAGCCACAGUGCCCACCCUCUGUUUCACUGCCCACUCUGCAACCACAUGGGGGCAUUGCGAGGUUUCUCCACACCGUUUGAUUCAACAGAACCAAGACUUCACUGUGAAGAUCAGCACAAAGUAGAAGCAACUCUUCCAGAAUCCCUGUAGAUGUGUGUUAAUUGUGAAACAUGCAUAUCUUCAAUCUAUUCUGGGACAUGCUGAUAGAUGAAAAGUUGUGUUGGUGAAAUAUUUUUACAUCUAGCACCACCUUCUGGCUAUUCGAGCUGGGUAGAAAUAGGAUUUUAUGUGAGAUUCAAGUUCUCUUUCAUCAAAGGAUUUAAAAUAAAAACUAAAUUCAAUUCAAUCGAUCUAAAAUAUGGAGUUGUACAAUUUUUUACGUUUGUUUUUCUUAGUUGCACAAUGAGGUAACAGCUCAGACAGUGAUAACUAUGGAAAGCAAUGUCUGGAAAAGAGAAAAAAUGAUGUGUGUAAAUAAUUGUCAGUACCAGAACUAGUUGACAGUAUCCAAUGGAAUAUGUAUGUGUCUGCCUUUUUGUAAAAUAAAACAUGCAUACACAAUAUUACCAUGGGAAAGAGCCCCAGUGCCCAAUGGAUGUUACCUUGCCUUGCAUGUUGAUGUUUUCUCAGCUUGGUAUUAUACUUUUGGAUCAGUAAUAAAAGGGGCUGUUGUGUGAUCUUGUGUGACUGUAUAAGGUGUUAGCCUAGAGGCCUUACAACUUUUCAACAUGGGAUAGCUAUACGUUGUCCUGUCUUUGUGACAGCCCUGGAGGUUUUUUGUCUGAGAGCUUGCUUAGAUGAAACCGAGGGAUGGAUUAUAUUUUCAGCCAUAGAAUGCACAAAAAGCAUGCACAGCAAAGUGCAGUCGCCAUCCUGCCUUGUUCCCGAGCUUCAGUUUGUAUUGGUGUCAUAUACUAUACAACACUGAAUAAAAACACAUCACUGCCUGGCAGACUCGCAUCAAAGCCUCUUGUCCUUCUAUCAGUCAAUGCUGCAGUGUUAGUUUAACAGUGUGGUCAGUCAUCUUUCUACCUACAGUGUAAAAGCAGUCAGUUUCUGAAGCAAAAACCACAUUGUGCUUGUGCUCAAUUACUGUCCACAACAACCCUAACCCUGCGUCAUUCUCAUGUGUUAGAUCAGAUAUGUUAUUUUAAACCUUGCUGAAAUAAAACUGGAUUGAAACUGG